CUCUGCUCGCUCCUCGUUCCGCGAAGAGCUCACCCUUCUCUUGCGACGUCGUCGUCGCCUCCGUCCGCUACCCAAUCCGAAAGCCCUAAGGGAGGCGAUCCAAAACCGCAUCCAGGGUCCGCGAUUGACUCCCUCUUGGCUCCGACCGACGACGAACCUGAGGACCCGCCCGCCAUGGAUCCCGCGAGCCUUCCCGUGGUUCUCCGCUUAGCGCUCAGCCACAUCCCGGAGGAGCGCAUGGCCGCUGAGGAUAGCCUCAGUAAGCUACAGUGUACACCACAGCAUUUGGUGAGCUUACUACAGAUCAUAACAGAUGGUGCUGGUGAUAUGGCUGUGCGUCAAGUGGCCAUCAUUUAUUUCAAAAACUUUGUGGCUAAAAACUGGUUACCUCAUGAAGCUGGGGAGCCUCCAAUGAUACCAGAGAAUGAUAAGAUGAUGAUCCGAUAUAUUAUCCUAGAUUCUGUUGCUCAAGUUCCUCCUUUAUUGAGAGUACAACUUGUAGAAUGUAUGAAAACUAUCACCCAAGAUGAUUAUCCAGAACAUUGGCCAGGUCUUCUUCACUGGAUUAAGUUAAACAUACAAGAUCAGCAAGAAUUUGCAGCUUUAUAUGUAUUGAGGGUUUUUUCUCGGAAAUACGAGUUAAAGUCUGAUGAGGAGCAAACACCACUUCAUCUCAUUGUUGAUGAGACAUUUCCUCUUAUAUUGAACAAAUUUACCAAACUUGUUCAGAUUGUUAACCCCACAAUUGAAGUAGCUGAUCUUAUCAAGCUCAUAUGCAAAAUAUUCUGGUCAUCUAUAGACUUGGAGAUCCCACAAAAGCUACUUGAUCCAAAUAUAUUCAGUGAAUGGAUGUUCCUAUUCUUGAAUCUACUGGAGAGACCUGUUCCUUUAGAAGGUCAACCGUCUAAUCUUGAUCUCAGAAAAUCUUGGGGUUGGUGGAAAGUCAAGAAGUGGACAAUUCAGAUAUUAAAUCAUUUGUAUACUAGGUUUGGAGAUGUGAAGCUUCUGAAGAAGCCAGAGAACAAAGCAUUUGCUCAAAUGUUUCAAGAGAGUUAUGCUGGCAAGAUUUUGGAAUGCCACCUACAGUCACUCAAUGUUAUUCGUGCAGGUGGUUAUCUUCCUGAUAGGGUUAUCAACCUUGUGCUUCAAUAUAUCAACAGCAGUAUUUCAAAGAAUAGUAUGUAUCAUCAAUUACUGGAGCCGCAGCUUGACAUUGUCCUUUCGGAGAUCGUCUUUCCUCUGAUGUGUUUCAAUGACAAUGAUCAUAAGUUAUGGACUGAAGAUCCACAUGAAUAUGUCAGAAAGGGCUACGAUAUAGACCUAUACAGUCCUCGAACUGCAGCCAUGGAUUUUGUGAAUGAAUUGGUAAGGAAGCAUGGGAAAGGGAACUUACAGAAGUUUAUUCCAUUCAUCUUGAAGAUUUUCAGGAGAUAUGAUGAGGCACCCGUCGAGCUUAAACCAUAUCGUCAAAAAGACGGUGCUCUUCUGGCUAUUGGAGCAGUGUGUGAUACACUUAUGCAGUCUGAAUCGUAUAAGUCAGGGCUUGAAUCCAUGUUAGUGCUGCAUGUUCUUCGUGAGUUCUCAAGUCCUGUUGGCCACCUCAGAGCAAAGGCCGCAUGGGUUGCUGGAAAAUAUGCACACAUCAACUUCUCUGACCAGAAAAAUUUUCGGGAAAUCUUUCACCACAUUAUUUCUGGAAUGCGGGAUCCAGAUCUUCCUGUGCGCGUCAAUUCAGUCUUUGCUUUACAGCCUUUCAUUGAAGCUUGCCAAGAUCUAAAUGAAAUCCGACCAUUUAUUCCUCAAUUACUUGAUGAGUUCUUCAAACUUGUGAAUGAGGUUGAGAAUGAGGACCUUGCCGUCACUCUUGAGACCAUAGUGAACAAGUUUGGUGUAGAAAUUGUUCCAUAUGCCAACAGCUUGUGCCAGAAUUUGGCUGCUGCAUUUUGGAAGUGCCUGGGUACAUCCAAAGCAGCUGAAGAAGCUGAUGAUUCAGGUGCUUUAGCUGCUGCCCGUUGUUUGGAUUCCAUAAGCACAAUCCUUGAAUCCAUUAACGGGCUUCCCCAUCUUUUUGUUCAAAUAGAGCCCAUUUUACUACCUAUAAUGCAGAGAAUGCUGACCGCAGAUGGUCAAGAUGUUUUUGAAGAAGUAUUGAAAAUUGUUUCCCAUAUGACAUUUUAUGCGCCAACAGUCUCAUUGGAUAUGUGGGGUCUUUGGCCUUUAAUUAUAGAAGCACUUGGAGACUGGGCUUUAGAUUUCUUUGAGAAUAUACUGGUUCCCUUGGACAACUACAUAUCCAGGAGUACUGCUCAUUUCCUAAGUUGCAAAGAUCCAGACUACCAGCAAAGCCUGUGGGAAGUACUUUCAAAAAUCAUGUCAGAUAGUAACAUGGAAGACAGUGAUAUUGAGCCUGCUCCUAAGCUGAUUGAAGUAGUAUUCCAAAAUUGUAAAGGGCAAGUAGAUCACUGGGUUGAGCCUUAUUUGAACAUUACCAUUGGUCGAUUGCGUAGAGCAAAGAAGCCAUAUUUAAAAUGUCUCUUGAUGCUAGUGAUUGCUGAUUCUCUUUACUAUAAUGCAUCUUUGACUCUUGGAAUAUUACAUAAGCUUGGGGUUGCUACAGAUAUUUUCAAUCUCUGGUUCCAGAUGCUUCAAGAAGUAAAAAUGAAUGGCACACUUGCAAACUUUAGAAGGCAACAUGAUAAAAAGGUCUUCUGCUUGGGAUUAACUUCACUUGUUGGCCUGCCCGCGGAUCAAUUGCCUGGUGAAGCAUUAGCACACGUCGUUAGAGCAACACUCAAGCUUCUAGAUUCCUAUAAGAAUCAAAUUAGAGCUGAGGAGCAAAUCGCUGCUGUUCAUGGCAUAAAUGACUUCGACUCUGAUGAGGAAGACGUGGAUGAAGAAGAUUUUGACAAAGAAGUUGGAGAUGAUGAUGAAGAUUGGGAUGAAGCAUACAGUCUAAAGCUUCAGAAAUUGGCAGCGGAGGUGGAAGGAUAUCAGUCAGUUGAUGAGGAUGAAUACAUAGAGUCACCAAUUGAUGAAGUUGACCCUUUCAUUUACUUUGUUGAAACUGUGGAAGCUGUGCGAGGCUCAGAUCCUGCUAGGUAUCAGAGCCUGAUGCAGACCUUGGACUUCGACUAUGACACACUCGCAAGAGGCAUUUAUCAAUAUGCUGAGCAGAGGAGACUAGAAAUUUAGAUAGAAAAGAUGGAGGAGGCAGCAUUUGGUGAAUGUCAGCGUAGAAGAGGUUGAAGUUGUGUUUUCCUGUGUUUAAUUGGUCGUGUCCUAAAUGCAGGAAGAAUCUGACAUAGGUUGCGUCGUGCCAUAUAUCAUCAUCAUCAUCAUCAUCGUGGAAUUCGUAGAGCCAUUCAGCCUGAGGUAUUAUUUGUCAGAGCUUUAUUGGCUCUUAACCAUUUUUUGCUUCUCCUAUAAUAGGAGAAAACCAGAUCGCAGAUGCUAUGUUAUCUACCGCUUUAUCAGCAAUCUUUUUUUGCUGGAAUCUCUGGGUGUGAGGCUACCACCUCGUUAUGUUGGUAUUGCUUUUCCUCAUUAGCUUACAAAAUUUAUUUAUUGGGCAAGAAUGCUAUAAUUUCUCCAUUUAUAUAAGGAAAUGCUUUGUGCCAAAAGAAUGGGAUUGUGAAUAAACAAUGUAUAGGUUUAUACCAAGGAAUAUUAUAAGGUCUUACAAAUGUUCGAUACUUGGAUGUUA